UGUGGUUUCACUUUCAGUGCUGCGCUUCUACACUGAGGAGGCAAUGGCCACAGCACAGUGCCCUCUACAAAACAAAUAUAAGGUUUUGGCAGCUAACCUGUCUCACAUCCUUCCGAUGUCAGCAUGGGAGUCACUAAAGUCAAUGUGGUUUGAUGUGCUGACUCCGGCUGAGCGUCAGAGCCCCAAUAUCUCUAUUGUCAGACUUUUAGACAUCACUAACCUAAAGGAGCAGCUAAAGUGUAUGGGACACAUGGAGGGUGUACAACUCUGCCAGAAGUAUGAAAACAAUGUGAUCCAGCACCUCCAAGAUGAUGUUGUCACCCAGAGAACUUGUUCAUGUAGAAAACUGAGCCCAGAAGAAAUUGAUGAACUGCACAGCACAGAAAUCCCCUUGACUUCACCUGUCCAAAACAGCUCUCCCCAAGAAAAUGAUGAGGACAUCUCUUUUACCAAGCAAUUCACACAGGACUGCGCCAUCACCGGCCAGACCAAGGCACAGGACUUGGAUUCAAAAAGCCCAACUCAGCUCUACAAAGAGGAAGAGAGUAAUAGUAAAUCUACCGCCUGCUUUAAUUCUUUACCCUAUAACACAUACCAGGAAAUGAAUACAGUAAACAACGAGCAAAUCCCCAAAACUCAAAAUGUUCUGCAGCAGAAAAUGCCCCAGCCAGAUUCCAGCACGACUAUGGCAGAAGAUAUGCUUCCCUCUGAUUAUGGCAAACCCCUGCGCUCCUACUAUACGCCUGAGAGCUCAGUUUUCCAGCUGCAAAUCUCUACCACGAUGAUACAGCAAUCUCUAGACCAUCCAAGACCAGCUGCUUUGUGGUCAGAUGAAGUUGUCUCUGGAUUCACCAAACUCCCUGAUUUCAGCUUUGACGAGGCAAAAGCUCUGCACCCUCUGCUCAAUACUCCAGAGGCCUGCAAUCUUCUGAGUGUGAAGCAGUUUCUCCUGCAGUUGCAGAGCCAACCAGGAGCUAAAGAAAGACUCCGGGGACUUACGCGGCUACUGAAGACAUUAGGAAGGAGAGACGUUGUUGAAUCCAUGCACGAACAGAGGAAUUUGCUUCAUUUUCUUGGUCCUGUCCUGCCUGAGCGGCAGCUAAUUAGAAAUAUGAAUUUUACCCUAUGGUUCAAUUUCACAACUGCACUAAGCAUCUCUGAAAGCACAGGGAAGGACUGGAUGUGGCUGGCAGACAAAUUUGAGAUCCCGCGUCACUUUGUAGAUUUAUGGCACCAGAAAAGCAAAAAUCCUGCAAAAAAAGUACUGCAAACUUGGCAGGUGAAGGUGGGCGAAGCCACCAUAGGUCGGCUGUUUGAUUUAAUGAUGGAAAUGGGGCGGGAAGAUUUGGCUUCAAUGUUAUAAAGGUGGAUCGCACUGAUUUUUAUAGAAUUGACAGCGCCAUUACUACUAAUAAACUGAAUCAAACAGA